AUGCCUCUCCCAUUCGAAUGCGAGCCCUUCUACAUGCGCCCCCUCCUAAUGAUCAAAUCUAUCACCGGGGGAUUCUUCACAAUAUUGAUCUACUUCGUCAUCCCAAUAGCCGUGGCGGCCGCCAUAAUAUUCGCCAUCGGCUUGGUAUUCUUCGUUAUACUUGCCGCGGUGUUUGGCUGGGCUCCUAGUUCUAAGGAGAUUAGAGCGAAGAGAGAGAAAGAGAAGAGGGAGCGAGAACGAAAAGAGCUCGAGAGUGAUCAGAACAACCGUGAGCAAGAACAGAAGGAGGACCAGGGAAAAAUAGAUGCAUAUCUAUUCACCGCGCCUCUUCCGACAACGGCGAGUGGUCCCGGUGGUACCUAUGACCUGGAGAAGCGUCUUGAGAUUGAGCUUGAGCUUCUUGGGGAAAUGGUUGUUGCUAGGAAGGAGAGGUUGGCUACUUUGAGGACGACGCAUUCGGAGGAUGAUUCUUCGUACUUGGAGGUUUUGGAGAAGCUUGAGUAG